AUGGAUCCGGAAAGCGACCGCGUUGCCCCGGUUCGCAUAGGUGACCAGCUCCGCUUCACUUCAAUGGCUGUGACGUUCGGGCAGCACGCCCUUGAGAGGCGGCAGGCCGAGCUCAAAGGCGUGUUCGGUUGGGUGACCACGCAGGUGGCUGGGUCGAACCUGUUCCUCCCACGGCGUUGUUACCGUCAUGCUUCUGAUGCCGGUGCUCCAGAAAUAGAAAAGGUUGCAGAAAUGAGCGAGGAUGCGAUUGACAAGCGGAUUCAGGGUGAGGACGCAGACAUUACAAACCAGUUGGGCUUUGAGCCAGAGGAGGAUGGCGAUGAAUGCGAACCGGGUGGCACCAAGUACACAAGCAGAGCUGAAGAGCAGAUUGAGUAUUUGCGCGGUGCCAAUGCGCCUGACUACCUGAUCCCACGGACAGCAUUCAUCCGCUUGGUCAAGGAAACCCUAGAUCAGCUUGCAGCUGCCAACCUUGCCUUUGCGGACGGUGGUGGAGUUCGGAUGUGCAGUGAUGCCUUGGCUUGUGUUCAGUGGGCAUGUGAAGGGAUGUUGAGCGAGCUGUUUGCUGAUGUUGCCGCAGCCGCCGCGCAUGGGAAAAGGAUAGGCAUCAUGCCCAAGGACCUGAAGCUUGCGCUUGGACUUCGGCGGCUGGAGCACUUGCAGCCGAAGCCCCGUGAUGAGCCAGGUGCAAAGCGCCCGCGACGGGCAGAAGGCUCUGGAUGA